AUGGCCCUCGACGAAGAGCCCAAGCGGAACGGGCGGACCUCCUUCUGCAUCGAGUCCUUGCUGUCCGACUCCAGGGCUAGCUCCCAGGGCAGCAUCAGUCCGGGGUCCGAGCCUCCUCCUCCUGCGGCCUUCCAGCCGCAGUCCGCCUUCCAGCCCCCGAUCUACAAGAAGCAGAGUUCUCUGCAGCAGCUACAGCUGGAGUGGCUCGCCACCACCAGGAUGCUAUAUGCCGCCCCCAGGCUACACCUACCUGGCAUUACUGGAAAAAAAAUUUCACAGCCGUUGAAGCAACUCUUGAAAUUAUUAAAUAUGAAGGGAAAGGUGUCUUUGACCAGCGCACUGCGCGGCGUUGGUUUGAAAAAUUUAGCAGUGGAGAUACGACGUUGGAAAGGAAGAAGAGCUCUGGGCGGCCAUUAUUGGAUAUUGAUGACGUUAUGCAAGAAGCUGUUGAGUCAAAUUCGUCCAGAAGAAGUACUCGACGAACUUUCCAGAGAGUGUGUUGUGUCGAAAGAUACCCUCCUUGGGGAAGGUGAGAAAGAGCAGUAG